AUGCAAAAAUCCCCUUCGGCCAUUUCAUAUAAAAUAAUCAUGGGAGUCACAUGGGAGGCAAAGAUUACAAAGGUCAUUUUAUCAAAUCAAAUAAUAAAAAUUAUUAUUUUAUCAAAUAAUUUAUCAAAAUAUUUUAUCAAACAAGAAAGCUACUAUUUUAACAAUUUAAGGGCACAAUACAGUAUUAUUAACUACAGGUUCAAUGUCUUAAAGACCUCUAGAACAUAUUCAUCUUGUGUAAGUGAAACUAUAUCUUUGAACAACAACUGCCCAAUUUCCCUGGUAGUCAACAUUCUACUCUCUGCUUCCAUGAGUUUGACUCUUCAAGAUACUCCAUAUAAGUGGAUUGAUAUAGGAUUUGUCCCUGUGUGA